CCUAUGAAAUUGACAAAAGCCAUGAAGAAGCUCAAGUUCUGGUCAAAAAAGAAGAAGAAAAAGAGAGUUCCUCUCCUUGAGCGACCACCAUCACCGCCACCACCAAUCCUCCCAUGCUAUUACCACUGCCCUUAUAAUUACCCAGUUCAGCCGUCUGCACCGCCCUUGCCACCUUGGUUCGAGUACGUGCAGCCAUAUGAUGACUCAAUUUACACAACAGAGCAAGUUUCAGGUUCAACAUCAGACAAUUCAAAUCAACCUAAUGGUAGUACUAUUUCUCAGCACAUCGAUAAUGUUGGUGAAAUCAAUCAACCAAAACCAACACUGUCAGAUCAUAGUUUGCCUCAACAGUAUAUGGUUCAGAAUCAAGUGUAUGGCAUACCUGUAAGAACAGAGAGAGCUGGUGGAGCUUUUGGAUGUGUGAUCAAUUUUGGAGCUCAUUUGUUCCGUUGCUUCUUUCCUUGCUUCCAUAUUCGAGAACUGAAGUAAGCUGUAUAAUGGACUCAGCAAAGCUAAGAUUUGGUUUGUCAUUGCAUUUGCCUCUAUCUGGAAACUCUCUCAGUAUUGUUGGCAACAUACUUUUAAUAUAUUUAAUAGCAAGUAAUAAAACAGUUGUAUAAAUAUAUGGAUGGUAAGGUUGUUUUCUUAUUUAUGAAGGUGAAUAUUGUCAUGUAUCAUAGCCAUAUUUCUCAAAUAAUGUA